AUGGCGUCCCUCCUGGAUUCUGAAGCACAAUUUAUUCAGAGGACUUUGGAUCUCAAACUGUCUGAUGAACUGAAGAGGAGCCUUAAGACUGCAAACUUACAAACGUUUGGAACACUGGCUUACGCACAUGGACAGCCGGGUCAGAACAUUGUGGAUUCAGCUUUUGAGACGUGGCUUACUUCAAACAUUUUGACAGGUGCGAGUGUUGCUGACAUCGCAGGUGCCAAAAGGCUUUUAUUCGAGUCACAGACCAUGGUUCUUGCUGCCUUGCAGGAUUCUGUGAAUGCCCCUGACAGUUCAUCAAUUAAGAAGGUGCCCAAUGCUGAGCGUGAGACCAAAAUGAGGACACAUGAAGUGCUGACGCAGAAGAGCCCGUCAAAAAUGCUGGAUAUCUCAUCGGAGAGUUUGAUUAUUAAAGAAAAGACCGAAGUCCAGGAUAUGGUUGUAUCUUCGGCGUUGCAAGUCCAAGAGUCUCUGCAGCGCAGAGGCCUGGCCCUGGUCUUCGCGGACCUGGUUCAACAUGCAAAUUAUACCAGGUACCUCACUACGUUGUUCUCACAUUUGCACAGGGAGCCCCCUGCAGGGUAUAGCCGAUGCUCAGUGAGUCAGAUCGUGGCCGCCGACAAAUUGGUGUGGCAGGCUUUGUUGGAGGAAGGGGUGCAACCAAAGAGAGAUGAUGCAGGUGUGUUGGCAUUGGACACCAAGUUGCUCAGCACUUUGGAGAGCUAUCGAGUUUCAUUCAGUUUGCUUCCUUUGAUUGCCAAAAAGGAAGGUCCAGGGAACAUCCAGAAGAAGAACAAACCGCAGCAGCCUUGGUCGAGCGGAAAGGGUGCAGUGGCCACCACACAGGUGUCUCCCCGUCAGCCCAUAAUCCAUGCAGUGAGCGUGUUGGCAGAGAUGAACAAUUUUCCGCAGUUCUCCGAGACCCAGAGAAUUCUUGUGAGUCUGAAGGAGCUUGGUUUGGUUGAAUCCUUCGGAGUUGAUCACGAUGUUGACAAGGCGAUUGCAACUGUGAAGAAAUUGGAUUUGGCCGACUGGUUUAGCAAAUGGACAGCCAGGGCAAAGGAGCUUCGACCAGCAGAGAUGGAGAUGAAAGCGAGCAUGCCUGAACACAUAGCAAAUAUUUUGAAGCCAAAGCGGCUGCUUCUCUGGAAAGAAAUUUUGCUGGAUUUGGGAUAUCCAGAUGCAGAUGUGGUGUCAGAAUUGGCAAACGGUACUGAGCUUGUAGGGGAAGUUCCCACCUAUGGCAUCUUUGAGAAAACUUUCAAGCCAGCAGAAACAACGGUGGACAGUUUGUGCAAGGAGGCGAAAUCGAUCAAGCAGAAGCACUACCAUAGCUGCAGUGCGACCUUGUCUGGAGCUCUGUUUGAGAAAGCCUUGUCGGUUGUAACUGAUCAGAAUUUCUUGGAGAAACGACAGGAAGAUCUGGAUUUGGCAGUGGACAAAUGGUUCAGCAUCAUCAGGAUCAACCUUUUGGGGUCGGAGGUAGGCCAAACCAUCAUUGGACAUGGAGGCAACAUUCAAGAGCAAAAAUUGGGCGCCUAUGAAACGAUCGAAGCAAUCAUCGGUGUCAGAUCCAGGACAACAGCCAUAUCAAGGGCAAAUGCAUUGCUGAAUUUUUUCAGGUGGAGAGCAGACUUCACUGAGGAUGACGGCAAGCCGGUGACCGAGCAAGCCGCAUGGAGCUAUGUGGCAAAGCUCAGAGCAGAUGGGGCUGCACCCACAAGGGCUUCAAGUUUUUUGGCUGCUUGUGGAUAUGCGUUGCAUGUGUUUGGAUUCAAAGAUUUUGACAGCGUGUACAACAGCAGGAGAGUGAGAGGGCUUGCAGAGAUCAUGCACUCUGGAAAAAACCCACUCAAACAGGCAAAGGUUCUUUCAGUUGCGCAGGUUGUUGCAUUGCACAGUUUAAUGGAGAACAAGGCGGCAAAUUUCAUUGACAGGGCGCUUGCAGCCUAUGCUCUCCUGGCCCUGUACGGCAGAUGUCGACACAGUGACCUGGCGUUUGUAGAGUGUGUGAUGCACGAUUUUGACUGGAAAGGUGGCUUCGUGGAAGUUUGGGUGCAGGAGGCCAUUGAAGCUUUUUCAGCUUGUGGUUUGAAUCUGGACGGCUCGAUCCAGGGACCGCUCUUUAGGCCCCCCAUGGCGGCCGGUGGAGGGCUGUGCAAACGGGGCUUGACUUCGUCAGAAGUUACAAAGUUUUUGAGACUACUCUUUGAGUGCAAUGACAACAAUGUUGACGGGCCCCGGGUGUCGUCGCAUAGCCUCAAAGCUACUGCACUGUCAUGGGCCUCAAAAUUUGGACUGCCCAUUCCCGACAAAGCAAUCUUGGGAAGACAUGCCAGCGCGACCACAGAAGCCCAUGCGAUAUAUUCGCGUGACCUUUCGGUAGCAUCUGUGAUGAAAUUGCAAGACAUCAUUUUGCGGAUUUCGCGCUUGGAGUUUCAACCGGACAAUCCCCGCAGGGGGUACUUUGCUGAGGAAAAUGCACCUUGCGCAGAGCCAGAUGCCAUUGAGGUGGUGAAGGUCGAAGAGGAUUCACCUGCCCAGGAGGUCGUUGAGAAUGAGAAAGAAAUGGACAGAGAGACCAUCUCUGAUCACCAGAGUUCAAGUGGCUCUUCAUCUGAGGAGUCAUCAAGCUCGGAUGAGGAGGUAAGACCGCCUCCAUCUAAGUGUUAUAGGCACACGGCCAAGGACCAUCUGGCGGGCCGCUUUGUGAGCCACAAAACAUCGAAGUUGGUCCACUACAAGGACUCUGUGGUGGGUGAAUCGAAAGCUGUGGGCAAGGCCAUCUUGUCAUGCGGCCGGGUGCUGAACUCAAACUAUGACAUUGUCGUACAUUUCGACACAGUAGCACUUUGUAGAAGAUGCAAGGUGAAUGCAGUCAAAGACGGAUUGCUGCCGCCAGUUUAA